CUGUGAGGAAGAUGUGAACGAAUGCGACCGCAGCAAUCCAGAGGGAGAGUGUGAGAAUGGUGGCAUCUGCGUCAACACUCAUGGUUCUUUCUACUGUAACUGCACGGCAGGCUUCGUGGGCCAGCGCUGUGGACUGCGCCCUGUCGUUGUGCCCAAUAUGCAGGCUGGUCCGGCUGUGGUCGGUAAAGAGGAGCUGAUUGGCAUCGCUGUUGUGCUUUUUGUCAUCAUCACCCUCAUCAUCCUCUUCAUCGCUUUCCGAAAGAAGGUUUUCCAGAAGAACUACUCGAGAAACAACCUGUCUCUGGUCCAGGAUCCGGCCACGGCAGCACUCCUCAACAAAGCUAAUGGUGUUCAGUUUAAGACCCUACACUGCACACCCGGAGACCCGCUCAACCUGUACUCAGAGCCAGGGCUGGGGUCCACCGUGAUGGGAGGGGGUGGGAUGAUUGGACCCCCACAGGUGCCUGUGAGACCUAUGGCAUACACGCCAUGUUUCGUAGGAGACCCACGCUCAACACUGGAGAAGAUGGUGGAUGGGUGUUGUGUGGAGCAUACAGAGAUGAGCACUUUUCACCCAGAAUCACCAAGGAUCCUGUCAGGAACCACCAGGAGGGGGGUGAUUGUGUGCAGUGUGGCCCCCAACCUUCCGCCAGUGUCACCCUGUCGCUCAGACUGUGACUCCAUACACAAGAGCCCGUGGGACAGUGAUGAGGGUAAAAUGGUUGACAUGGCUGAAGAAGUAACGUGUUUCUCAGGGAGCAACAAAGGCAGUAACUCAGAGGUCCAAUCACUGAGCUCCUUCCAGUCUGACUCCUGUGAUGACAAUGCCUCCAUAGUGACUGUCAUUCGACUGGUCAAUGAUGCAGUCGACACAAUCGAAAGUGAAGUGUCAGUCAUGGACCAAGGUCAAACCUACAACAGAGCAUAUCACUGGGACACAUCGGACUGGAUGCCAAGCACCAGGCUGUCAGACAUUGAAGAGGUGCCGAUCUACGAGACAGGUCCUGGCAGUGAAGUAGCAUGCUCAGUGCCCCGACAUGGAGGAAGCACACGUGAACUGGAGUCAGACUACUACCUGGGGGGCUACGACAUUGACAGUGACUACCCUCCUCCUCACGAAGAGGAGUUCUUGAGCCAGGACCAGUUGCCGCCUCCGCUGCCCACAGGUGAGGACUAUCCAGAGCCCGACUCACCACUGCCCACCAAUCCACCAGCCUCCAAGGAGAGCACCCUGAGCUCUGGCAGCACUGGGCCUCAGCAUUCCAGGCCACACUUCCACCCCAGUCAGUACCUACCUCCUCACCAGCUACCCCUUGGGGAGACACCUCAUGGGGACUUAAGCACUUGUGGCAUAACCCCAGGAAAUGGGGACACUGAUGACUCUGUUUCACUAAAUAUGCGACUGUCUGUUGGAGCAUCAUCAGCCUCAGACAUGUCAGCUCCCUGUGGGCUGGAUGAUUCUGAACAUGGCAGUGACUUUGAUAGUAUGGACGAGCUUCGUCGAGGGGUGACCAUCAUCACUGACUCACAGCAACAGACUGAGGUGUGAUUGAUUGAAUGGGUCAGAAGGAGCAUAAGAUUAGUGCAGAUGUAAGGAGAUGCACAAGUGGAUGUUAUCACAGGUGAAGAAAUGCUUUUUCAGCAACACUAGGGACUGCUACAACCACAUACUGGAAGAGCAACAUUGAUAUCAGAAACUUAAAACCGCAUUUCACUUGUUCAUGCAACCCUUUUUCGCAGAUGUGAAUGUUGUACGAUACCAUGAACGACCUACUAACCAUGUGUCAGACUUGCAGACUGCAGGGCAAACACAAUCCUUUUCCAUUUGGGAGUCAAUUGUAAUGUGAGAAAAAUGGUAUUGAGAAAGUGAAUGAGAAAGACAAAUCCAAAAGAGGUAGAGAAACAUUGAAAGAAGAGAAAGGACAAUCAUAAAGUGAAAGGGUUUUUUAGGUUCCUGCUCCUUCACAGAAGCCCAUCAGACCAUUUCUUUUGAAAAAACAAACAAACAGACAAAAAACAAAUUCCGUUUUCCCUCUUGGAUUUGUAACCUUUGUGGUGCUCCAAGCUUGUACAGACUUCGUAAAAUAGUUUGCCCUUACAUGUGAAUAAGUAUGAAACAAUGUUCUGGCCACAUAUCAAAAAAACAUUUUUUUGUUUAAAUGUGGAAUGUGCUUGCUCCUUUUCCAGAAGUAUCAAAGCUUCCAUCAUGUCACAACAUUUCAUUGAUCUCAUUUAAUUGGCACAAAAUGUCCAUUGUGUCAUGAAUCUUUCAAUUUCCUUAUUUUUUGUGAUGAAGCUAAUAGCUGAUGCAGUUUCUAAUGUAUUUCAAGGCCUGUUGUCUCAAGAUCACAAAUCAGUCUAAUUUAUCUCCAGAUUAUUUAUAUUUUAGUCUUUAAAGACUAGGAAAAAUAUUUAGCCCAGCAUUGUCCUAGGUUAAUCAAGAUUUUUGAAUCAUUGUGAAGGAUAAAUAGCUAACCAGCUAUUACACAUGCAAUGCCGUUGCACUGUUUGGAAUAGUAACAACAAUGCCUAAUGCUGCUCUAUUUCACUGGACUUUUAAUUGUAAUGGACUAUGUUUAUACUGAAUAGUCUAAAUAAUUUCCACAAAUAAAUGCAGACAUCACAAAAACAUAGUAUGUUGUGUUUAAAUACUUUAUCUUUGCAUAACCACAUCGUUAAGUAGUAUCGCUGAGACAGAAAUCCUCUGAAAUAUAGAUUAGUAGCUACUCUAAGCUUCAGUCAUUUUGUGUUGCUUUAUCUAUGUUGCACUUGUCAUGGUGUUUUUGAUGAAAUAUAGUGGUGCCAUGUUCAGAAAUCCUGCAGGUGGUGGUAGGCCACUAUAAUUGUUCUUUUCAAAGCAGUGAAAAGACAUUGUAAAGGUGAAAGUGUCACUUCAGAGUUGAAAACCUUUGGAAAAAAGCACCAGCUGGAUUAUGCUGUUAAAGUUGAGACAAAUUAUUUCCAGACAUCCACGUGGAGUAGAUACAUUGCUAAACUAUUGAUUUUCUGUGUUUUCUGAUACUUACUCCUCACCUGAUUUUCAGACAGAAGUUAGUCACUAAUGGCUUAGUUUCCAUUCUGAGUCCAGUACAGACAGCACAUCCGAGUGCUUCAGAUUUUCACUGUAUUGCUCUAUACUGUAGAACUGCCUGAUCCACUUGGACAUGCAGCUCCCUUUCUCUUUGUAAAAGAUGUAUGUUUGUGUUUAAACCUCUGUACAGUGUACAUAACUAGGAUGUUAAAUUGCAGAUUUUGUAGAUAAGGAAUCCUGAGCUGCAAUUGAGCUUAUCUUUGAUUGUCUGAUGUGAAUGUGGACAUUAAGAGACUGUGGAAUAUCAAAUAUUUUCUCAUCAUUCUUCUUCUGCCACUGAUUUGCUCAAAAUUGUUACUCUUGUAGUAUUGCUUUUUAAUUCCACAAGAAAGACAUUUCUAUUAUAAAUGAGUUUUGCACAGUAGUGAAUUCAGACAUUACAUCCCAGAAGACGUUUUGCAUUUUGUUAUCGUAAGUAGGGAACCUUUUUGUUUAAUUCUUUCAUGUUGCUGGAUGUUUUGAUGAAUUUCUAAUGCUCUUGUCCAAAAUAUGUCCCCUGUCUGCAGAAACUGAGUGUAUAAAAUUAUCUUGUUUUUUUAAAAAACUUUUUUUUAAAUUCAGUGCAGAAAAUAAAACGGUUCUUGCUCGUCAUGACAA